AUGAACCUGACAUGCAAUUCGACGCUCGAAGAGCUGAGGAUUCUCCCCGGCUCCGAGAUCCUCAUCGCCGGCCCUCUGACCUUCCAUGACCUCGCUCUCAUCAUCGCCGGCUCCUGCACCAUCAUCGCCGUCUGCCUGUCCCUCUACCUCGUCUUCAUGCACUCCAUCAACUACACCAAGCCCCGCGAGCAGCGCCAGAUCAUCCGCAUCCUCUUCAUGGUCCCCAUCUACGCCGCCUCGUCCUUCCUGCAGCUCUACUACUACUGGCACGCCGUCUACUUCCAGCUCAUGAGCGACUGCUACGAGGCCUUCGCCAUCGCCUCCUUCUUCUCGCUCCUGUGCCACUACCUCGCCCCGGACGUGCACACCCAAAAGGACUACUUCCGCAACCUGUACCCGAUCAAGCCCUGGGUCUGGCCCCUCAACUGGUUCGCAAAGUGCUGCGGAGGCCAGAGGGGCCCGUGGCGCACCCCCAAGAGUGGCCUGACGUGGUUCAAUGUCGUUUGGAUCGGUGUCUACCACUACGUCUUUAUCCGCGUUGCCAUGACCGUCACCGCUGUCGUGACCCAGUACUACCAACGCUACUGCGAGAGUUCAAACAACCCCGUCUUCGCUCACAUUUGGGUCAUCUCCAUCAACUGCGUGGCCGUCUCCAUCGCCAUGUACUGCGUCAUCCAAUUCUACGUUCAGAUGCGGGAGCCCCUCAAGGAGCACUCGCCCUUCCUCAAGGUUCUCGCCAUCAAGCUUGUCGUCUUCUUCUCCUUCUGGCAGGUCACCUGCAUCUCCCUGGCCACAUCCACUCUCGACCUCGUCCACCCCAACCGAGUCCUCGCCUAUCCCGACAUCAAAGUCGGCAUUCCCGCCCUUCUCCUCUGUUUUGAGAUGGCUCUAUUCGCCCUGCUCCACCUCUGGGCUUUCCCCUAUGCCCCCUACGUACCCGGCGCCAAAACGACCUUUUACCCGUCCCCCGACGCCCGCGACAUCAACGCGCACCUGCGCGAAAACGUGCACUCCGCCCCCAGCGGUGGCUGGAUGGGUCUCCGUGCCAUUGGAGACGCCCUCAACCUCUGGGACUUUGUCAAGGCGUUCGGCCGCGGCAUGCGCUGGCUCUUCUGCGGCGUGAAGCGCCGUAAGGAGGACCCCAGCUACAAGACCGCCGCCAGCCUGGACAUGGACGACCUCGACAAGGCUGGCGACACUGCGUACCACUCCGCCGGUCUCAAGAGCACAGAUCACCUCCCCAUCGCCCACGAGUUCCGCCGCAGCACGUACCUGCAGCCCUCGCGACCUCCCCGGCCCGCGCGCCCGCACAACGAGAGUGAUAGCCUCAUCCUCAACGCGCAGCCGAACCCCUCCCAGAUGUCUCCGCCGCGCCGCCCACAGCGCCCACCACACUCUCCGCUGUCGCCCAUGUCGCCGAUCUCGCCGUACCAGGACCACGGCCUCCAGGAGACGGGCAUGGCGCCUGUUCACCACACCCACCAGGGCUCGAACGCCGACCGGGAGAGGGAGAGGACGUCGCCCCCGUCGACAAGCCCGACGGCGGGACCACGCGAUCUGACCCAGCAACGGAUCGGAGAAGCGCUCUGGGGCCACCGCAAAGCCCCGCCAACGCUGCCAUAA